AUGGACUCCUCAAACUCAUACAUGUUAUCACUACAGGUCACCAGAAGCCAGACCAGCAGCCCGGUUGCAUGUGUGGGAGGCAUGACGGAAGGAAAGACUCAGGUUGGCGUAUCACUAUGGAACCCUUCGGUCCGGGCGCAAACCGGGAGUGACGAGUUCGAGCACUAUGCCUUCCACAGCACCGCAGGCUCCUCAACAGCACCUACAAAUGGCAUCUCCUCACUUUCUCAAGAAUCGGAAUACCCCCCUUCUCCCUGCAGUUCCAUUCCCAAUAACUUCAAGCUCGACUGCGACUCAGACACCUCCAUGUUGAGCACCGCCCCCGCCUCCGAGGCCGGCGAUAACUUUCUUGUCAGCAACCCAUAUCCUGCGUACAAUCUCCUUGGUGACAGCAACAUGAAUGGCGUAAGCACCUGCAGUAGCGUCUCCAGCCCAGUUUCUCCCUCGGCUAGCCUUGAUAGCACCCCGACUACUGCCUCUAUUCUCCCCGGCAACAACAAAGCCGAGCUGCCCUAUGCGCAGCUUAUCUACAAAGCGUUCAUGAGCACCCCCAACAAGGCCAUGACACUGCAGGAUAUCUACCAAUGGUUCCGCGAGAACACCGAAAAGGGCAAGAGUGAUACAAAAGGGUGGCAGAACAGUAUCCGUCACAAUUUGUCCAUGAACCAUGCGUUCACCAAACGAGAGCGCAAGCCCGAAGGCAGCACCAACACCAACAUGAACGAUGAAGACAAUAAUGCCUCCACAGAUUCCAACAACAGUGAUAACAAGAAGUCCACGGAAUGGUAUCUCGAGCCUUGGGCAAUCAAAGGCGGCGUCCAGUCUACCACACGCUACCGUAAGGGCAACCACGCUUCGCGACGGGCUGCGGCAGCCUCGGCCUGCAACGCCUCCCGCCGCCACAUGAAGGACGGCAAGUACGAUUUGUACAGCAACGGCAUGUCCACUCUAUAUCGCUCUUCCCCCUCCCUUGCCAACCGUAACAAGAUCUCCAAGUCGAACAACCGCGCUACACUCCGUAGCAACGGAACGGCUCCUACGGAAUUGCAAAUGCACUACUAUACCUCCAGCCAUCACAUCCCUCAACAACAUCCCUUCGGAGUCAGCAUGGUUACCUCUGCGCCUGAGCAACACUACAACCCGUAUAUGUCUCCCGUCUCUGCAAGGCCGGCGGUGACGCAUAGUUUGCCAGAAAUAAUGUCCAUGUCUGCUACCUCUGCCCCUUCCUGCGCCGCUGACUUUUACGAGUCCUACACCGACCCUGCCAUCCUUGCCUCUUCGCUCGAGCAACAGCAACAGCAACAGCAACAGCAACAGCAACAGCAACAGCAACAGCAACAGCAACAGCAACAGCAACAGCAACAGCAACAGCAACAACAAGGCCAAGCUCAAAGGGAGGCGUCGGAGCCAAUUUCGGUGAUGAACGAGCCCAUCACUCCCGAGGCCAGUUUCGGCAGCCCUCCGCUCAUGGCGGCGAACCCCACGAGCAGUAGCGCGAGUUACUAUCCCAGCCCUGAGGAUCACGCCAUGAGCUUUGCCAGUGUCCAUCACCACGCCGGGUAUCAUCAGCCUCAAGUCUACCAGGGCGAGUCCCGGUAUGGCCAUCACAACGGCUGGGAACAUGCCCAGGGCGUGGCGGUUCCAGCUACGGGAAUGAUGUAUGGGCAUUAUGCAUAGAUGCUAGCACUUGAGCACAAAACAACGAAGAGAUAGGCGGCGGCUUGAUGCUACGACUGCAGGAAGCCAAAUUGUACCAAUACCAAUAUUACGAUCAUGAGGUCACGACACAACAAACACAGAAGGCGAU